UGUAUUUAUACUUUUAUUAUUAUAAUAUUAAAAGUUAUUUAAGAUGGAAAAGUUUGGAUGUGCUAAAAUGGCAAAUUUCUCUGGCUCAAUGGCCAAGAACCCUAAUGCAUGGCAGAUGUGGCGAGGGCGCUCCUCCGUGCAAAGAUUCCGCCAGGUCUGUCAUUGCUCCAUCGCCGCCACUUCUUCCCAGCAGAUCGCGGCGCUCCUCGACCGCCGCGGAAGAAGCUAGCCAGCCUCCAAAAAUGCCGGGCAGGGUUUCAGCAACACAGCACCGAUGGCGCGCCUCUAUCGUCCGCCGCCGCAGCCACAGCCGCCGCAGCAGCAGUAGAGGCCGAUUCUAGCCCCGUGCUCGCGGGAUGGAAGCCGCCGCGCUACCUAUGGCGCGCGCUCGCCACACUCGUCAUCGGCGGCCAGGUGAUCCUGCGCACUCUCCAGGGAAGAAUCCACGUCCGGAACACCGUCCAGCAGCUGGAGGCCGUCGGCCCGGGCUCCCUGGGCGUCAAUCUCCUCACCGCCUCCUUCGUGGGGAUGGUCUUCACGAUCCAGUUCGUCCGCGAGUUCGCCAAGCUCGGCCUCACGCGAUCCGUGGGUGGCGUCCUCGCACUGGCGCUGGCGCGGGAGCUCUCCCCGGUGGUGACGGCGGUGAUCCUCGCGGGCCGGGUGGGCAGCGCCUUCGCGGCGGAGCUUGGGACGAUGCAAGUAUCCGAGCAAACCGAUACUCUGCGUGUUCUUGGGACUGAUCCGGUGGACUACCUCAUCACUCCCAGGGUCUUGGCGUGCUGCCUAGCGAUGCCGUUCCUCACGCUCAUGUGUUUCUCGGUGGGGAUGGCGGCGAGCGUGCUCCUGGCCGACUCGGUGUACCGGGUGAGCGCCAACAUCAUCCUCGACUCCGCCGCGAGAGCCUUGCAGCCGUGGGACAUCGUGAGCACCAUGAUCAAGUCGUUCGUGUUUGGAGGGAUCAUUUCGAUCGUGAGCUGCGCCUGGGGAGUGACGACUCUGGGUGGCGCUAAAGGUGUUGGAGAGAGCACGACCUCCGCGGUGGUGAUCUCGCUGGUUUGCAUCUUCAUCGCCGAUUUCAUCCUCUCGUGGUGCUUCUUCCAAGGCGCUGGGGACGCGCUGAAAGCCGCCAUGGGAUAGAUGGUAUGAUCUUUGGGAUUUUGUUCUAGCUAGCUUCCUCUCAAUCGAGAAGACGUGGAAACUCUCUA